UCAAGUUAUGGAGUGGUGGUGGAAGUUAAAUGUGGGGUAGUUUGUUUUUGUUAAUUAUUAUAUAUUCAGAUGUCUUAUAAAUAACGGGCUGUCGUAAGCCUAUAUUCAAGCAUUAUGGUUGAACCGGAACCAUUUUUUUCAGCAAAUUCUUAAAACCAAAUGUGUGUUCAGAUGAUGUAUUUUAAGGUAUACAAAAAAUUCUGUCUAGUUCAGGUGUUCCAGCACAUAGAAAGAACAUACGCAUGUUAGACGACUGAGUCCGUAUGAUACUCUGCCGAUAACAUAUUUCCGAAGUGCUGAACAUACCAUUACAGACCUGGGAUUUAGGCUUUCAUAGGAAUAAUGGAAUUCACAUCUGAAGGCGUGGAGAAAGCUGUGACAGUAUUUUACACAUCUCGCACUUCAGAUCAAGCAGAGGCACAUCGUUGGUUAACUGAAGCUCAGGCAUCUACUACAGCAUGGAAAUUUGUGUGGGAGCUGUUGGAUCCGUCAAAGCUAACGGAAGUGCAGUUUUUUGGUGCUAUUACAUUGCAUUCGAAGAUAGUGAAGUGGUGGCAUGAAAUUCCUAUUGAUCAGUAUACUCCUCUGAGGAACCAGAUUUUAGGUUCCAUUGCGUCUCAUUGCAGUGGUCCAAAAAUAGUUCUCAGUAAGCUUUGUGCAGCUCUGUCUGCUUACAUUAUUAAUGUUACGCCUGAGCAUUGGCCCAAUCCCAUCAAUGAACUUAUACAGACAUUUCUGACACCUUCCACAACUGUCCCAGCCGAACGAACAGCUUGGAUUCUAAUGGAAAUUCUUACCAUGCUACCAGAUGAACUGAAUAAUUCUCGUAUUGGUGCCCAACAGAAAGGAGCUGUACUGGCAUGUCUUCGUGAUAGUGUUCAUAGAGUGGUGGAAGUGGUAAGACACUGUCUUUCUGAUGCUAGUUUUGAAAAUGCAAAUGAAGUAAAAGAGCAUGCUGCAUCAUGUGCAGUAUCUUGGCUGAGAAUAGGAAUGCCAAUUGCCGCAUGUGAAGGCUUGGCUUUGGAUUUAUUAAACAUGGUGUUACAAAAUGCAACCAGCGAUGAUUAUACCGAAAGUUCACAAAGUCUCAUAGAAGCUGCCCUAAACUGCCUCGAGUCCCUGGUUACGCACCCUGAUACACAUUUAAACCCAAAACAUGUCCAGCGCCUCAUGGAAGAGAUUUUGAAGUUAGAAGUUUUGUUGGGUCCUAAAUGGCAUUCUGCUGACGAAGUUGUAACAAGUAAAAUAUACAGACUGUUUGUAGGAAUGGGGGAAUGCCACUCUAAAUUGAUUCUACGUCUAUUAUUACAACCAGGCAGCUCUAAAGUGUUGGGAAGCAAAAUCGUCGAAAAUAUUCUGCGUGCUACCAGUAUUCAAGGUGUCUAUCCAGUAGAAGAAUGUAUAAGUGUACAUUCAUUAGGGUUUUGGUACAUUUUACAGGAAGAUGUGCAGCCCAUGGAGGGAGAUGAGAGGACUGAUUGUAUAACUGUGCUUUCACCAAUAUACUGCACAUUGGUUGAAGUAUUGCUGAAAAAAUCUGCUCUUCCACCUGAUAUAGACGAAUGGAACAGUGACGACCGAGAGAAACUGAGAUGGUAUAGGCAAGAUGUUGCCGACACACUAAUGUAUUGCUAUCAGAUACUACAUGAUCAAAUUCUGGAGUUACUCCUUCAUGACCUUUCUGCAAGAGCUACAGAAUUUGAAGAGUCGUGGCAGCCUGUUGAAGCAAAUUUGCAUGCUUGGAUGGCUAUUGCAGAAUUGGUGCCAAAUGUGAAACCACAGAUUGGGUCAUUUUUUAUGAUUCUACAAAACAUACCAAUUAGCAAGAGUAAUAUAAAAGUUUUUAAUGCAGCAAUUGACUGUAUGGGUGCAUAUGCAGACUGGAUUAACAUCAAUCCAUCUUUCUUGUCAUAUGUCAUUCCCACUGUCAUGUCUGGCUUGGAGAACACUGAAUCAGCACCUUCUUCCUCAAUGGCUUUGAAAGAUUUGUCAAGGGACUGCCAGUUAACAAUUCAGCAGUAUGCAGAUAAUAUCAUCAGAUGCAUUCAGGCAGCCAUCAUCAGUGGAAGUCUAGGACAUGCUGAAAAUAUUAGACUUAUGUAUGCCUUGGGUCGUUUGCUGUCACCAAUGCCACUGGAGAAGAUAAUGAUGUAUUUGAAUGAAAUACUUGUUCCUUGUGUUAGAGAAUUGGAGAUCCUGGCAAAUUCUGAGGAUAAAGGAAUGCAGACCUAUAGUGACAUCUUGCUGAGACUUAAGAUGAUGAGCACAAUUUUUGCAACUCUAGACACCAGUGCUGUGAGAGGAGGAGCUCUAAAGUCUGAUGAUCCUCAGCCUGUUCUUCUCAUUUUGGAGAAAGUUUUUCCAGUUUUGGAAACUAUAACAUGUAAAUGGUGUACUGAUGAAGAAAUUAUGAAGGCAAUGUGUACGCUGCUAAAACAAGCUGUGUCAACACUGCUCGAGAAAUUUGAAAUAGUUUUACCACCUGUUGUGAACAUGCUUAUGAAAAGCUUUCGUGUUCGUCCUCAGCCAUCGGUUCUUGAGCUGUUGCAGCAGAUUGUGAUCCUGUUUGGCAGAGAUACAGAACAUACACAGAUGAUUCAUUCACUUGUCACAGACAUUUGCAGGAUAUCGAUGACUUUCUGCUUUUCUUCUCCAUCCACAUCAGAACAUUGUGAUGUGAUAGAAUCAUUUUUUAACCUUCUGUCACAACUUAUAAAGAAAAUUCCUAAGCUGUUCCUUAUGAUGGAUGUCGAGGAAGUGAAGGGUUUCUUCAGGAGUGGUAUUGAAAGUUUGCAGCUACCUGAGACUCCUGUGCUGAAAUCUAGUGCACAAUUCCUCAAAUGUUUUAUUAAACAAAGUUGGGAGUAUGUACACUUUUCUACAAUUGUCAAUGACUGUGGCGAAGCACUAGUACAGAGAAUUCUGUUGUGCAUAGGAGGAAACUGCCCAAGAACCAUGAUAGAUCAUCUGGCUGAUCUGUUAAUGAUGCUCAACAGAAAACAAACGGAAAUGUUUGCUCGAUGGCUUACUGACAAUGUGUCAGCAAUUGAGUUCCCGGGGCACGGUGUGAGUCAGAAUGCAAGAGCACAGUUUGUACAGAUGGUUUUGAGGGAAAGAGCCAACAAGCGGAAGCUACAAGAAAUUGUGAGAGGAUUCACAUUGAUUUGCCGUGGCCUUGCUGGUACAGAGUUUGGAGGACAGUUAAUCAUUUUAUAAUGAACCAUUUCAUUGCUACAGUUUCACAUGAUGUAAGAAAGAUGCAGCUUCAAGAGAUCUAUUUUGGAUAUACUGCAUUUUUAAAGAAAGAAGAAUGAAUUAUGUUUCUCAUUUCCUAAAGGUGCUUAAGUUGAGGACUGUUGUGACUAUUAAUGUAGAAAAAUAGGGUUGUUGUAAAAACAGAGAUAUUUGUGUGCUGGAUUCAAAUAAUAUUUGGUAUGUGCGUGUGUUUUAUAAUAAAAGUAGUGACAUUUUCUAUUGAUGUACACAGAAAAAUAGUGAAAAAAGCGAUAUUAAAAAAAAAGAAAA